CCCGCCCCACGGCGCGUUCUAGCCAAUCAGAACGCGCGCCGGCGGGAAGGAGGCGGGGCAACCAACUUGGGCCUGGAGAGGUUUAAGAGCGAAGCCCCCCGUCUGAAAACAGCCGCAAGAAGGAAGUCAGCGGAACGAAGGCUGGGGAAGGAAGCGCCGCGUUUCCCUCCUACCCACCAGGUGCGUUCUAAAGGCAGCGUCUCGUCUUGGAAGCUAAGCAGGGCCACCCCGGCAGAUUUCACAAUGAAGGUCUAUCUAUGCACAUUGGCCCUCUUUUUGGAGGCAUGCUUUGCUGCUCCCAGCCUAGACUCUGCCCUGGAUGAUCACUGGCUGGCAUGGAAGACGUGGCAUAGCAAGAAGUACCACCAGCAAGAGGAAGGCUGGAGGAGGAUGAUCUGGGAGAAGAAUCUGAAGAUGAUUCAGUUGCACAACCUGGACCACAGCCUGGGCAAGCAUAGCUACAGACUGGGGAUGAAUCACUUUGGGGACAUGACAAAUGAAGAGUUCAGGCAAGUGAUGAAUGGCUUUAAACACUCCAAAACAGAAAAAAAAUACAGAGGAUCCGAGUUUCUGGAACCCAAUUAUUUGUCGGUUCCCAAGUCUAUUGACUGGAGGGAAAAGGGCUACGUUACUCCCGUAAAAGAUCAGGGUCAGUGUGGCUCUUGCUGGGCAUUCAGUACAACUGGAUCCCUUGAAGGGCAACACUUCCGCAAAACCGGCAAGCUGGUCUCCUUGAGUGAACAAAACCUUGUGGAUUGCUCUCGGCCUGAAGGAAACCAGGGCUGCAAUGGGGGUCUUAUGGACCAGGCUUUCCAGUAUAUAGAGGACAAUGGUGGCAUUGAUUCUGAGGACUCCUACCCAUACAUUGCCAAGGAUGACGAAGAUUGCCUCUACAAGUCUGAAUUCAAUGCUGCUAACGACACUGGGUUUGUGGAUGUCCCACAAGGACACGAGCGGGCCCUGAUGAAGGCCGUGGCUGCAGUGGGACCGGUUUCUGUCGCUAUUGAUGCAAGUCACUCCACUUUCCAGUUCUAUGAAUCAGGAAUUUACUUUGACCCAGAUUGCAGCAGCGAAGAAUUGGACCACGGUGUUCUUGUUGUUGGUUACGGCUUUGAGGGAACAGAUGACGAUAACAACAAGAAGAAGUACUGGAUUGUCAAAAACAGUUGGAGCGAGAAGUGGGGAGACAAAGGUUAUAUCCUCAUGGCUAAAGACAGGGACAACCACUGCGGUAUAGCUACAGCUGCCAGUUAUCCUCUAGUAUAACUCCUUUAAGGAAAUAUAUUGCUGGUAUUGCCAUCUUCAGCUUGAGAAGAUGAACACUGGAAUAAGCUCUCCAGAUCGUUGGGUCUCUCUAGACACUUUCUGAGGCCACCAAAGUAUUGCAGCACCAGAAAGGACUUUAAACUGACAUGCACCUGUUUCUUCCAAGAUUUCGAGUUGUGGUUUUUUUAUUUACCUUGAGCCUCUGUGAUGUUUACUUGAUGGCGGUAUGUGCCCUCUUUUUUAAACUUGAUGUAAAUGUUGCUUAUGUACACAAGCUUGUAAUAUUGAUAGCUAGCAUUCUGGCUAAAUCAUAGUUUCUUUUUUAAAAAAUGUUGAUUUUUUUAAAACAAUGGCUUGCAGAAGAGUUACAGCUUUUCAAAUAAACACUGAACAUUUCAACUUAGCCAGAUGAGUUGUGCCUCUUUUGUGUGACAGACUUGUCUUCUGUUAUCUAAUCUUUUUGUUUCAAUGUACAUUUUGUUCCUAAGGUGCCGAGAAUAGUUCUCAGCAAGUGGAAAGUCUAGACUGGCAUUUCCAAAAGAGGGUUCCUCUGCUUUUAAUGUACAAAACAGUCAUUUCAGAGAGUAGAGCUACUUUGUUAUGUGCUUUUAAGUUGUGUCUGGCUUAGAUUUGCCUUCGAGUGCAGUUUUCUUUGGCAAGGUUUGUUUACAGGGGCUUUGCCUUUGCUUUUCUCAGAGGCCUAGAAAAUGUGAUUUAUUGAAUGAUGAUUUGGUAUCUGCACUGAUCAUUUUAAUGCAGUUAGAACAGUGGUUCCCAACUGGUGGUCUGUAAGAACUAAAAUUUGAUCUGUGGCCUCACCGUUACUACACGAUUGCAACAAGAGUGACUGGUCUCAAGAAACCCUCUUAUAGUGCUGAGGCUUAUUAAAUAUGGUUUCCUGUGGGCAAGCAGAUGAUGACUACUGGAUGACAUAUAGUCUGUAUCAGAAAACAGAGCUGAUGUGGUCUGUCCAAUGCAAUUUUCUGAAUUAGCACAAAAUCUAAUCAAACAAAAUCUAAAAUUGACCAAAAACUGGUUUGUAACCCUUUUGAUAUUAAUGUUGGAGAGUGUGGUUUGGUCAAGUGGUCCCUGGUCAAACCACUGAGUUAGAAGAUAGCUCUAAACUGUGACAUCCAGACAACAAACUUCCACAAAAGUCUGCGAAAGAAUGUUCUUAAUUAGCACCAGUACUUUGUAGUUUAUGUAAUCACCACCUCAAUCUGGUUCCAGGAUUUCCUAUGCACAGCAAAACCACUUUGUUCAAUGCUGGUUUGAAACUGCAUUAAAUGAUCAGUGUAAAUAGUGCCAUGGUCCAGUGCUCUGACCACCAAACCAUGCUGCCUCUCAAGCAAAUCUGUAUCUACUGAAAAUUUGUGUAUCUAUAAAAGCUUGAGAAUCCUGACCUUGUUCCUUCACCGCCAGAUGCCUUCAAUGGCAAGGACACUCUUUGACUGUCACUUUUAACUGUUUUGAAAAUUAUUUCUGAAACAAUGUGGGAUAAAAUGGAGUUGGAAAUCCCUGUCCCUGCUUAAAGUCUCUUUUUGGAUGUUUUGAAUAUUUCAUGCUCAGCAGACUACUUGGAGGCAGAAGUGUAAUUAAUGUCCAGGUCAUUGGUCACUUUCAAUGGGAAAGGGGUCUUGGGCUUUUUCAGUGUCAGAACUGUUUGUUUGAACAAUGAAAUAUAUGAGAUGCUAACCCA